CAGAGUGGGAUAGGAGUGAGAGAGGGGCAAUUUGGUAAUUGGAUGUGAAAGAAGGAAGGAGGGUGGUGGUUACUGAUUCGAUUCUUGUCUUCUUCGCCACAGUUCCCCUGUCACCAUAACCAACUAACUAUACAAUUAACAAUUUAACACCAACAACACUCAAACUCAAUCAGUUACAAUAUUUCGAGAUCUGAAAUCAGAGAGAGAAACGGAAAUGAGAGAACCGUCGUCGGUGGGAACUGAAAGCAACAGCGUCGCUUCUCCGCCGCCGCCGCCUCGAGCACUUCUCGAGAGACUCAAAGACUACGGUCAGGAAGACGUUUUGGCUCUCUGGGAUGAGAUUUCUCACGAGGAACGCGAUUUUCUCGUCAAGGAGAUUGAGAGUUUAGAUCUUUCGAGAAUUGACCGGAUUAUUAGGUGUUCAUUGCGAUCUCAAGCUCUGCCGGCAGCUGCCAUUGAACCUGUGCCGGAGAGCAAUGUUUCAAAGGUGGAAGAGCGAAGUCAAGAGCAACGAGAAAAAUGGUGGAAAAUGGGGUUGAAGGCUAUUUCAGACGGCAAGUUAGCUGUUUUGCUUUUAUCCGGUGGCCAGGGGACUAGGCUUGGAAGUUCAGAUCCAAAAGGAUGUUUCAAUAUUGGACUUCCAUCUGGAAAAUCACUUUUUCAACUCCAAGCCGAGAAGAUUUUGUGUGUGCAGAGAUUAGCUGCUCAAGCUACAAAUGAGAGUUCUACUUCUUCGGUGCAAAUACACUGGUACAUAAUGACUAGUCCAUUCACUGAUGAGGCAACGCGUAAAUUCUUUGAAAGUCAUAAAUUUUUUGGUCUUGAAGCAGAACAGGUUACCUUUUUCCAGCAAGGGACCAUCCCGUGUGUUUCGAAGGAUGGUAGAAUUAUUUUGGAGACUCCGUAUAGGGUAGCAAAAGCUCCUGAUGGGAACGGUGGAGUGUAUUCAGCUCUGAAGUCUACCAAAUUAUUGGAGGACAUGGCCUCAAAAGGAAUUAAAUAUAUUGAUUGCUAUGGAGUAGACAAUGCACUGGUUCGAGUUGCUGAUCCAUCUUUUUUAGGUUACUUCAUUGAUAAGGGUGUCGCUGCUGCAGCAAAAGUCGUUCGCAAGGCAUAUCCCCAAGAAAAGGUUGGGGUGUUUGUACAGAGAGGUAAAGGUGGUCCUCUCACCGUAGUUGAAUACAGCGAGUUGGACUCAUCACUAGCUUCCGCGGUCAAUCAAGCAACUGGCCGUCUUCGUUUUUGUUGGAGCAAUGUUUGCUUACACAUGUUUACUUUGGAUUUUCUAAACCAAGUUGCAAAUGGACUUGAAAAGGACAGCAUUUACCACCUUGCCGAGAAGAAAAUCCCUUCCGUACAUGGAUAUACUAUGGGAUUAAAACUUGAACAGUUUAUAUUUGAUGCAUUUCCAUAUGCUCCUACCACUGCACUUUUUGAGGUAUUACGGGAUGAGGAAUUUGCGCCUGUAAAAAAUGCAAAUGGAUCCAAUUAUGACACUCCAGAUACUGCUAAAAUGCUUCUUUUUCGACUCCAUACUCGCUGGGUAGUUGCUGCAGGUGGCUUUUUAACACAUUCAGUGCCCUUAUAUGCAACAGGUGUUGAAGUGUCACCACUCUGUUCAUAUGCGGGCGAAAACCUGGAACCUAUAUGUCGAGGACGAACAUUUCACGCACCUUGUGAAAUUACGUUCUAGUUUCACCCUGUUUGUGCUGCUUUGUCGCGACUUAAUCUGCAAUGAGGAAGUUCUCAGUCCCAUACAGGCGUCUGAAGAUAAAUUUUAUGUAUGCCACUCAUCAUUCACAUGUAUCAAUAUAUCUAAUUAUCUGUAUCUUCUCCAAUCCGUUUCUGAUUGGCUUUUUUGGUUUUUGUUUUUAACCUUUUUUUUUUCUAUUAAUGAUUUGUUUUUUUGUUGCUUAAGUGAUGUACAUGUAUCAUAUUUUUUAUUGGCCAUUUAUUUACCAAUGUAAAAUCAAACAUUUCCAUUUUUUCUUCUA